CACUCUUGAGACCUGUAGUUGCUCUCCAGUCUUUCACUGUUGUUAUCUUGGACAACAAACCUUCGUUUAGACUGCCAUCCUACUACUAUCUGACCACCUUGCUUGGAUCUCCCACUUGCUCGACCACGACCUGCCCAUCAUGCGUGGAACUACAGGUCUUUUGGCUCUUGCCGCCACUAUCUCUUCGGCCACGGCCGCCUUCCAGGGCUUCAACUAUGGUGCGACAUUCACCACAGGCGCCGUCAAGGUCCAGUCUGACUUCGAGAACGAGUUCAACGCUGCCCAGGGCCUAGCUGGCACCAAUGGUGCUUUCAACAGCGGCCGUCUCUACACCAUGGUGCAAGGGGGCACCUCCAACUCCCCAAUCUCGGCCAUCCCGGCUGCCAUCAAAACCAAGACGAGCCUACUCCUUGGUCUUUGGGCUUCUGCAGGUGACGCCGUCUUUGAUAACGAACUGCAGGCUCUCAAGUCUGCUAUCGACCAGUAUGGAAGUGACUUCACCAGCCUCGUGGCCGGCAUUUCCGUUGGCAGUGAGGAUCUCUACCGCGUCUCCCCCACCGGCAUCCUGAACAUGGAGAACCCCGGUGCUGAGCCCUCGACCCUCGCCGGAUACAUCAAGCAAGUCCGUGACGCCAUCAGCGGCACUGGCCUCAAGGGCGCCCCGAUUGGCCACGUCGACACGUGGACUGCCUGGGUCAACGGCUCUAACCAGGCCGUCAUUGAUGCGUGCGACUGGAUCGGCUUCGAUGCUUACCCCUACUUCCAGGACACCCAGGCCAACUCCAUCGAGAACAGCAAGGCGCUCUUCGAUGAUGCUCUCAGCGCCACUAAGCAGGCUGUCGGAGGGAAGCCCAUCUGGAUUGCCGAGACCGGCUUCCCCGUGAGCGGCAAGACCGUGGGUGACGCUGUCCCGUCUCUGGAGAAUGCCAAGACCUACUGGGACGAGGUCGGCUGCCCAAUGUUUGGGGAGACCAACGUCUGGUGGUACACCCUGCAGGACGCCGCCCCGGACACACCGAACCCGAGCUUCGGCGUCAUUGGCAACCAGCUGACCACGACCCCUCUCUAUGACCUCUCCUGCAAGGACGUCGACAACUCCUCCUCCUCGUCCACCGCCUCUCCGUCUUCCACGGGUUCCUCCGGUGGUUCCGGCACCAAGUCGAGCGCCAAUGUCGUACCGACCUCCUCUGCCCUUAAUGGCGGCAGCCCCGGUGCCGGCAACGGCAUCCCGAGCUCUCAGCUGUCCCUCGAGACCUCGACUCUGACCGGCAGUGCCUCCCAGCCAGCCGGAACCGGCUCCGGCUCUACCGCUGGUUCCGGUACCGGUGGCGGCGCGGGUAGCACCGGAGGCGGCUCCGGCGCCAACGGCACGGGGUCCGCGACCGGCACCGGCGCCCCCGUCCCGACCGCGAGCCCCAGCACCAUCCCUAACGGUGCCUCGGUCCUCUCCGGCUCCAUCGGCGCCGCCUUCGCCGUCAUGAUGGCUGCUGUUCUUACUCUGUAAAUCUCCCCCCCCAUUUCACCCAUUAUAAAGUAUGGGACUGGCGUUACCCUGGGAAAGGAGAAGGCGCCAGGGGGCAACCAUGGUUUCUGCACAAAGCGGGAUUUUCGCAUUCGGACCAUAGUCGAGCGAGACGG